AUGAAUACUAUCCCAGUUCGUAGACGUCGAACCGGCGGAAAGAAAUCCAGGACUGGUUGUCGCACCUGUCGGCUUCGUCAUGUCAAAUGCGAUGAAGCCCCAGGGAGCUGUCAAAAUUGCGACUCGACCGGGCGAAUUUGCGAUGGCUACGUGCAUCGACUGCCGGUCGGUGGCCAACCAUUUAUGAAAGCCCUAGUAUCAGCAAGCAUCUCCGCCCAUGUGGGAAACGGCUUUCGUUGGGUGAUGACAUCUGACGAGCGGCGCUGCUUCUCCUUCUUUCAACACCAUACAGUGCCCACUUUCCUGGAAUUCUUCGAAUCCUCGCUUUGGCAAAACCUGGUCUUGCAGAUGAGCCAGUCGGACCCAGCGGUAUUCCACGCGGCAGUCGCCCUCAGUGCAAUUCACCAGGAUACUGAGGCCAAGGGGAUGCCAUUAGCGGCAGACAUUCCCUUUGAACCAGAAAACACUUUGCUUCUAUUUGCACAAGACCAACUGGGACGCGCUUUCAACCUUCUCACGCGCCGUCAUGCCUCUCAUGACCCAACCUUACGCAAUGUAACCUUGCUCUGCUGCUUGUUAUUUGUCCUCUCUGACCUGCUCUGGGGGCAUUACGACAGCGCGCUUAACCAUCUCCAAAGUGGCCUUCGCAUUCUCCAAGAACUCCAGGCCGACCGAGAACUCGUCGCACCAACACCACGCGAGAGAAGAAUCGAACGGUGUCUUGUCGCUGCCUUCGCGCACCUCGAUAUUCUUUCGGCGCACUUUGGGGUCGGCGGCCCUCUCCUCUGCAUCGAUGCCCUGCCAGCCAACCCGAAACCCAUUACGAUGUUCAACAAUGUGAAAGAGGCAAGAGAUGCCUUUGAGCCAAUUCUAAGUGCUGGACAUGGCUUUAUUGCGCCAUGCAUGGGGAUGAAAGAUGAAGAGAUCGCGCAAAACUACAACGUAAUCCUCCCGCGGCAAUUCCAGGUCUGGUCUCGGUUCAGUGAGUUCGUGCGUGUCUACGAGAUCUUCUACCGCGAAUUCUAUGCAUGCUUGACCCACAAAGAGCAACGAAGCGCCGAUAUCAUCUAUCUACAGUGUCUCAGCUUAAGUACAUCCAUACGAACCUGUGUCCUUGGAGAGAACAGUGCAGCACUGGUUCAUUACACGUCUGACCUCGAGGCCGUCGUCUGCCUCGCGGAAGCGAUCUUGAAGAAAUUCCCCACACGUCCCACCUUCACCGUGGACAUUGGCGUCAUUGGGCCUCUUUAUCAUGCCUCCAUUGCCUGCAUUGAUUAUCGCGUGCGGUGGCGCGCUAUCAGACUCCUACACUGCUGGCCGCAUCGCGAAGGCCCAUUCGAUUCCAAUUGGGUCGCACUUUUGGCAGAGGAAGUACUGAAACGUGAUCUUCUCGCACAACACAACCUCACUUUAGAAGCUAGCCCUUACUUGGGUGAUUUGCCAGAAGAUCCAUUCUCACCAGCCCAUAUCCUACACAAUAUUCAAGUUAGCCAGCGGCAUAGGCGCAUGGUACAUACGGCCGGGACGGUCUUAGGAGAAGCCAAUGAUGCAAAUAUGUCCCUAGAUAAUUUGAUUGGAUCUUCGAAAUGUAUGACUGGUUGGUCGUGUAUCCGCGCCUACAGGGCCGUAGGGAUGUGA